CUGUGUUGUCAGUACUGACUGCCAAAAUCGAGCCGAGUGGAGGAAAAAUUUGGGAAUUUUCUUCAUAGGGGGAUUUUAACUUUGCUGCUCCUACACCGAAGAAACUAUAGCAAUUAAUUAAAAACUCAAUAAAAAUGGCUUGCAACGCUAGCAAAGUUCCCAUGUUGCGUGUUAUUGCUAAACGCGGAUAUUCUGCAUCUGCCUGCCCCAGGCCUGUGGGUCAAGCUGCUGCAGUCCAAACCAAACAACUUGACAACAAAGUUGUUGUAGCAUCGGCUGAGGCCCAAUUGCCCGUCACUCGUGUAUCUGUAGUUUUCGGUGCUGGUUCUCGCAAUGAAACUUACGAAUCCCAAGGUGCUACUCAUAUGUUGAGAGUUGCUGCUGGUUUGACAAAUAAGAACUCUACUGGAUUUGCCGUGACCCGCAACAUUCAACAGAAAGGUGGCAAUUUGAGUGUGACAUCUGACCGUGAAGUUGUGGCAUAUACCGUCGAAACCACUGCCAACAACAUGGAGGUUGGUUUGCAAUACUUGCAGGAUGUUAUCCAACCCGCUUUCAAACCCUGGGAAUUGGCCGACAUUGUGCCAUUUGUUAAGAACCAAGUAGCUUGUGUUCCUCAUCAGGUUCAAGCCGUCGAAUUGUUGCACAAGGCUGCUUUCCGCAAUGGCUUGGGUAACUCGGUUUACGUCCCCAAAUUCCAAAUUGGCAAGUUAUCCAGUGAGACCAUGUUGCACUACGUAGCCAACAACUUCACUGCUGGACGUUGCGCUGUCGUCGGCGUGGGUGUAGAUCACAAUGCUUUGGUUGGUUUUGCCCAAAGUUUGGAGAUGCCUACUGGUGGCAAGUCGGGUUCGGCUUCCAACUACUAUGGUGGUGAUGCCCGCAAGGAUACUCCCGGCAAUGUAGCCCAUGUUGCAGUUGCAGGUCCUGGAGGAGCUGUUAGCAACCCAAAGGAAGCUUUGGCUUUUGCCGUUCUACAAUGUGCUCUUGGUGCCGGAGCUGCAACCAAGCGCGGUGCCGUCAAUGGCCCCUUCGGCAAAGCUCUCUCCUCUGCCCUUGGUGAUGCUAGCGCUAGGUUCGCUGCUUUGAAUGCCAGCUAUGCCGAUGCCGGUCUGUUCGGCUUUGUUGUUUCCACUGAAGCCCAAAAUGCUGGCAAAGCCGUUGAUGCUCUUGCCCGCGCCUUGAAAUCUGGCUCCGUAUCCGCAGAUGAUGUCAACCGCGGCAAGGCAUUGCUUAAGGUUGCUGUUUUGGACGCCUAUGCUACCGACAGUUCGCUUAUCGCCGAAAUGGGCUUGCAAGCCGUCCUCACCAAGGAUGUCCAAAGCGCGGACGCUGUUGUCGCCGCUAUUGAUGGUAUUACUCAACAAGAUGUACAGUCUGCCGCCAAGAAGGCCGGUUCCUCCAAAUUGUCUGUAGGCGCUGUAGGAAAUUUGGCCCACGUCCCAUAUUCUUCGGAUUUAGCUUAAAUAAACCAUCAAAACUUUUUUCAUAAAAAAAAUAAUUUAAUGUUAAAUAAUUGUAAUGCAGAAUGUAAAAACAAAUGAGGGGCUAUCUACAAAUGAUGAAAACAACCAUAACCAAAAAUCAAGUAUGUUGUAAUUUUAAUAUAGCCACAAUAAUCCACAAACCAUAUUAGUCAAGUGAAACGAUCGAUUAGUGAUAAAUGGAAGAGCGUUCUAAGAAAAGUAAAAUAAAAGCCAAACAUUACAACAAGGAAA